UGGAGCGACGGUCGGCACCGGCCUCGUCAUGGGGCUCGAGAAGAGGACCGUGAAAAUUAUUGUGAUUGUUCUCCUCACGCUGCUUAUUAUUGGUGGAAUUCUAGGACUCGUCUUGGGCUUGUUGUUACAUCGGCGAUAUGUGGAGCUGGAAGUGUGGCCUCGCUCCGAGGAAUACAAUUGGGAACAACCGAGGAUACAGUUCCGGCCGUCGGACGCUGGCAGCUGGCACCAUUGGUAUAGACGCAUCAACGAAUUUCUAAGAGAUUAUGAGACAACAGUGCCAGAUGAACCGCCCAGGGCUCCAUGUUCGAUUCACAACCGACGCGAUCAGCAGAUGCGUUCCGACAACUGCGACCUGGCUAUGAGGAUGUGGGCACCGUGCACUGCCGACGAGUUCUAUGGCUACCAUAUCGGGAAACCCUGCGUUUUCUUAAGGCUAUCUCAUAUUCAUUACUGGGUUCCAGAGCCGUACAACAUGUCCAUGCCGAUGGCGCUACCACCAGAGAUGCCUGAACAUCUGAAGCAUGCCAUGCAUCAAUACCCGGCCCGACACUACGGGGAUUAUGUAUGGGUUUCCUGUGGAGGGGAGUACAAUGCAGACGAGGAGAACAUCGGCCCCAUCCAGUACAUCCCCGCCGGUCUACCGCCAGGGUUCCUCAUGUCCCGGCUGCACACAGCAGACCGCAUUCCCUACUCCUCCAGGAAUAUGCCAGAUCAGAUCCCUGGUCCGUUAAUUGCUGUGUUCUUUGAGAAUCCAAGACGUGGCCUACUAAUCAACGUGGAGUGCCGCAUAUGGACCCGAGACAUUUACUACGAUCGGUCUAGUCGCGUUGGACGAGUACGCUUUGAAUUGUAUAUCGAUUAAUUUGUUUUACUUCAAACAAUACAAUUAAAAAAAAUAAGCGGAGCACUCAGAACAGUUCUUACAAAGCUAUCUAAUCCCAAACUUAGCAGCGCCUGUACUAUCUGAACAUAAUACACAUACGUAGAAAUAAAAAACAAAAUUUAAAACCUCUCAGAGGAAUUCUCAGUAAUUAAAUUAUUUAUUUUUGUUCUGCUCCAUGCUAUUGAAGUUAAUAAUUUAUUGAUUACAUGGUGUCUAGUGUAAGUUAAAUAAUAAUGUUGUGCUACUGCCGAGUUGAGUGAUAGAG